UUUGGGCGAUUUCUGGGGGUUUUUUUUGAGUUUAGAAGUGAGUGGAUCUGGUGUUUUUGGAUGUCGGGUGCGGGCGGGAGUUAUCGAGCGGGGACAGCCGACGAUCAUCGGUGCUCAACUCCCAAGGACCAGGAUGAUUUUUUUUUAUUUGAGGGGGUAGGGUCCGAGUUGCUGCUCCAACUCAAACUGCUGCUGCUCCUGCUUUCUCUCAGCUUCCUGCAUCUGCAUCAGACUACUUGGACUCCAGCAUUGUGUGAACCGUCCAACAAGUACGAGCCACAUCAGUGCGUCCAGCGAAUCCAGGGAGACAUGAGGCGAACGUGACGUCACAAUGACAUAAUGAAGAGUCUGGUGGGGAUCAUGUGGAUAGUGUUGGUUCUCAUAUCAGGAUGCUCCGGAAAUCCGGAUGCGAAACGUCUCUACGAUGACCUCCUAUCAAAUUACAACAAAUUGGUGCGUCCUGUUGUCAACGUCACGGACGCAUUGCAGGUUAAAAUUAAGCUCAAGCUCUCCCAGCUGAUAGACGUGAAUUUGAAGAACCAGAUAAUGACGACGAAUUUAUGGGUAGAACAGUCGUGGUUUGACUACAAGCUCAAGUGGGAUCCGGAGGAAUACGGUGGAGUCCAGAUACUGCACGUCCCGUCCGAUCAUAUUUGGAGACCCGAUAUAGUUUUGUAUAACAAUGCUGAUGGAAAUUUCGAAGUGACUCUGGCGACAAAAGCGACUCUCAACUACACAGGAAAGGUUGAUUGGAAACCACCAGCUAUCUACAAGUCUUCAUGUGAAAUUGAUGUCGAGUAUUUUCCAUUCGACGAGCAGACAUGUGUCAUGAAAUUUGGCUCGUGGACCUACGACGGUUUUCAAGUCGACCUGAGACACAUUGACGAAGUCAAAGGGAGCAACGUAGUGGAUGUUGGUGUCGAUCUUUCUGAAUUUUAUACAUCCGUUGAGUGGGAUAUCCUCGAAGUGCCAGCAGUGAGAAAUGAGAAGUAUUACACGUGCUGUGAUGAGCCUUACCUCGACAUCACAUUCAACAUAACGAUGAGGAGAAAAACCCUGUUCUAUACGGUAAAUCUCAUAAUACCGUGCAUGGGGAUUUCAUUUUUAACUGUUCUCGUGUUCUACUUGCCGAGUGACAGUGGUGAGAAGGUCAGUCUUUCGAUUUCCAUCCUCCUGUCACUGACUGUGUUCUUCCUCCUCUUAGCCGAGAUCAUUCCACCCACAUCGCUGGUGGUACCAUUGCUCGGUAAAUUUGUCCUGUUCACGAUGAUUCUCGACACGUUCAGUAUAUGUGUCACAGUAGUUGUCCUCAACGUCCACUUUCGAUCGCCCCAGACUCACGUUAUGGCCCCAUGGGUUCGUCGUGUGUUUAUCCACGUACUGCCAAGAUUAUUAGUAAUGCGCAGGCCGCAGUACAACAUUGACAGACGAAGUUUGGAUGGACAUCACCCCAGCCAACGUGUCAUGGUGAGAACGUGCAAUGGACUAGAGGUGCGGGAUCCGUCGUUAUUUGUCGAGGCAUCUGCUUCAGAACUCGUUGAAUCCUCAGUCCUCUUUCCGAGUGUAGACUCCAGGGAUGAGUUGAAUUUACAUGAAUUGGAAGCUGUUAAUCUUGGAAGUGCCUGUCAAAUUCAUGGCUCACCAGGACCAGCACCAGUCCCAGCACCUCAACUGCCUACUGAGGAUAGUGUUGAUGCACUUUGUAAAACUCUCAAUAAUUGGCAUCACUGCCCAGAGCUGUACAAGGCUAUCGAAGCCAUCAGAUUCAUAGCUGAUCAUACGAAAAGAGAGGAAGAUUCCACUAGGGUAAAAGAAGAUUGGAAAUACGUUGCCAUGGUACUGGAUCGUCUCUUCCUCUGGAUCUUCACACUGGCGGUUGUAGUAGGUACAGCUGGUAUCAUUCUUCAAGCUCCAACCCUCUACGACGAUCGUAUUCCAAUCGACGUGAGACUCUCGGAGAUUGCCUCAACCACUGCCAAACCGCACAUCGUUACGACCCUAUGAGUAACGCUCGGUAUUAUCGUAUGAGACUCGAAAAAAAAAAAUAAUAACAAGUUAAUUAAAUAAUAGAAGAAUCUCCACAAUCCAACAAUACCAAUCCCACACCCCUUUAAAAUCCAUUGACAUACCGAGAAUACGAGAGACUGAUGUCUUUUUGAGUCUACGACGCUGUUGAGAGUCACUUAUUUAUUUUGCGUAAGUUGCAAAGCUGUUUUUUAUUUUAUCCCCAGCAUUAGUUCGGUGAAUAGGGAUAUUUUAUUCAAUUUUUACGUGAAUAGUUAUUGAAAACAAACUGUUGAACUUCAAUGAGUUGAAUUUUCCAAUUUAAAUUAUGGAAUAAGUCAUGAAAUAUCUCUAUUCACUCAUUAGAAAUGAAAAAAUCGUCGGAAAAUUUCUAAGUAAAAUCGCCAGCCUGAAUUUUUAAUUUUGUUUUCUCCACUACGUCGGAAAUUCAUAUUCAUAAACUUCCCUAACGAUACUCAGAAGCAAUUUUACCAGUGAAAAAUAAAACAGUAAAAAUCACAUAGAUUAUUCAACUGACGAUUGCACUUUGCCCCCCAAAGCCAGCAUAUGGAUAACCCCGGCGUACGUUCCCUCAGCAGACAUGGGAUAAAUUGGGACUACGUCAUCCAUGACUCGUGCAUAAUCAUGGAUUAAUACCGAGGAGAACAGGAUCCUCAUAAAUAUUCAGUUUCAUCAUUUUUUUUAUUCAACAUUGCCGAUCUGCGGAAAAUGUCCCGAGAGGUAGGAGAUCACGAAUAUUUCACGAGUAUAUCAUUUUGUUUAAAAAAUCAUAAUUAUUUUAUGUAUCUGUAGUUGACGCCUGUUGCAGACUCAUGAGGACCAUUUUUCGUUUCUCUUUGAGGAGAUGAUCGUAUGGAAGUUUCUGCAAUUAAAAAUUUAAUUUUCCAAACAUUUUAGUUCCAUUCAAAUUACUAUUGGAUGGGGUCGAUAAUUUUAUAGAUUUUAUUGCUCUGAAAUUAUUAUUUCGAUCCAGUUAAAAAUAUUCUAUUGCAGGGACUUCCAAUCUCGAAUAUCUUCACCAAAAUCAUGUUUUAAAAGAACGUAUAUUAAAAAAAAACAAUUACAUCGAGCCUGUAAUAAAGGGGCCAUAUUUUCACAAAAAAGAAAUAAAGAGAUUAAUAAAGAAUGAACUAAUUAAAUAAUUAACGAAGGGCGAACGUCACACAACAUUAAAUUCUAAAUGUCUGCAUCGAAUUAUUGAGGCAGAUGAAUAAAAUAUAUUGGGCUGGGUCAAUUCUUCCUCUAGGUCAAUUCGGGCUGAUGAUAGUGGAUGAAAAAUAUCUACUUUUGUGUUUCAGUGAAGAAACAAAUAUUCUAGUCAAAGAAAUUCACCGGCGGCGGCUGAGAUGAGGCCGAUCAGAAAAGUUGAUCAAUACAUUUUCUUUCAUAUCUCCGGAUUCGAUAGUUUACAAGAAAAUACGACAGAAACUUUCGCAAAGCUCUUAACCUUCCCUAGAGAUCAUACUAUAUAUUUUCCUGCAUUGAGUCAUUAUCGAGAUCACUUAACUCUCAAUGAAACGAGCCAUUUCUACUUUUUUCAGAGCAAAGCACAGAUUAUUCUUAUUAACUUGGAAAUAUCUCGUCAUUGACUGGUUUUUUAAAAGAUAUUUUUUUAAUUUUAUUGUACCCUAUGAGAUUUUUUGCCAAAACUCUUUUGUGUUUUUUUCUAAAUCUGUUGGUCCUAAAGAUAUUUACGGAAAAAUCGAAUUUUCUGAUGGUUCAUAACUUCAGAUCGUCAUUUUUCCAGUGACUUCCAGUUUCCCAAAUCUCUCCAAUGUUUUAUCAUAAAAAAAUAUAUACCCUACGUUAUCAAUGAAAAAUCCUAUCAUUAUCUCGAACGAGGAAGAAAUAAUCCAGAGAAAUGAGAAAAAGUUUUAUUGCUCAUUCGUAUAUGUUUGUAAUAAGAGAUAAUUAUCCGCAGAUUAAAAAAAAUUUGUUCCAUUACCACCAUUAAUAACGUGGUUAUAAAUAUUAUAAAUAUAUAUUAUAUGAAUAGAUUUUAACGAAGUGAAUUAAUUAAUUAAAUUAAUUAUUAACGCCACGAGGAGUGUGAGAUGUUAGAUAAUUCAGCGUGUAAGUGAAAUUAUUGUGACUCUGGGUUUUUCCAUUAUUUAUACAGUCUUCCUCAAUGCAAAAAUGAAUUAAUCCAUUUGGGUUUCAUGAAUAAACGAGUGUAAUCCGAGUUUAAUUAUCCGGGAAUGAUGAAACAUUGCGUAGGUCAGUAUUUCCUCAUGGAUUUAGAGUUGAAAGUGGAAAUGAAUUCAAUCAUUUGUUAUCAGUAAAUUUGUAUGGUUGAUUUUACAAUGCCCGGUUCAUUAAUUUUAAGAGAUAAUUAAUUUUUUUAUCGAGUGGAGAAGAAAAGAAAAGUUUAAUCAAAGCGAUUUUAAUGAUGCCUGAUACGUCAUCGGCUCUAACUCAGAAUUGGCUGAGUGAAUUUUAACAAAUCUGACAUCAUUUUGAUCAUUGUUCUUUCAACUUUGAAAUAAGCUUUGAUUUUUCCAAAUCGGUUCGUUCGAUCAGGAGAUGUUGACAUUUAACGGUGACACUUUCUUUUUUCGUGAGGGAUAACACAAAUUUGUAACACAGUUCUUUACUUUUCCAUUCGAUUGGAGAAAAAAUUUAAUUGAUAAUUAAACUAAUGGUAAAAACAUUUAGUUAUUCCAUUGUAUGACUGAGUGAUUAUGCAACGCAUGAGGUUAAUUAAGAGCAAUUUAAAUGUUUAACGGAAGAAAAGAAAACCUAAGCACAGUGAUAGUUUAAACUCCAAGUGAAGAAAAUAAAAAUUAAGUGGAAAAAAAAAAUUACGAUAAGAAAUUAAUGGUAUUACGAAUAAGUAAUCAUUAUUACCUUCCACUUGACGGCAUUAAAACUGCGAAUUUAUUUUAAUAGCCCUGAAAUAACGCUCUUGUUAUUUUCAACACGCAAAUUUAUAAAGAAAAUGUCUUUGGGAUAAACAUUUUUAAUGUGAGGUAAUUGAAAUUAUUCAUAAUUUUAUCGGCGAUUUUUCAUCUCGUCAUUCAUUCUUUAAAAAUUCUAGCUGAUGUGGCUAAUUAUUCAUAAUCUAGGAGCAUCUAAACAACAAAAAUUAUUGCCUAGACAUUUUAUAAUAUUUGAAAAUCGUCUUUAAUAAUUCAUCAUUAACGUUUAUCAAUGAAAAAUUCAGACUUCUUCAAUUCUCAAAUUUGGCAUUAAAAAUAAAAAAAAAUCGCUAAUGAAAUCUACUACAGUGAUUGAUUUAAGGGUACUCUACCCUCCUAAAUAAUUAACCCCGAUUAUCGAAUCGCCGAUAAAACUUUGGAUAUCGCCAUUGUCCAAAGCUCGAAAUAGCAGUGAAACCUGAAAUCUGCGUAAUUGUCACGCAAUCAUGUAUAUCGAUAAUUUAAUUAUGAGGAAGAAAUGAAAAGAAAGAAAAAAAAUACUCACGUGUCUAUUCUAUUUUCGCAUGCGUGUCCCCAACAUAUCCGAGUGAAUGACCACCUGAAUAGACUCGAUAAAAAAUUAUUAUUCAGAGUUAUUGGGGAGGUAAUCGGCCUCGAGCAACUGAUCGAAAUGGGAACCAGCAUUGAGUCAGGAUAUUUUCAAUUCCAUCAUAAUCUCGAUCAAAAAUUCAAUUUUGACAUUAAUUUCAAAGUCAGGACAUUACAAAGUCCAAGGCGAAGGUCCCCAUUGGCUGAACAGAAGGGAUUCUCAUCCCCCAUUGGCCGAGGCGCUCGAUUUCGGGUGGGAAAACCCAUUCUAUCAUUGGCUAAAUGUUCUCAACCGAUCUUAUGACGUCUUCAGGCGUAUUUAGUGAAGAAA